AUGGAUUUGAUUUCUACAUAUAUUGGGUUUGAUUGCAGAGGUUUAGAGGAAGUUGUUGCGGCCAAAAUGGACGACGCUACUAGACAAAUCAUGAACGGCUUCAAUCACUUCAAGACUGAAAAUUAUAACAAACAUCCUGAGUUGUACAAAGAACUUGCGAAGGGUCAGACCCCAAAGUUUAUGGUGUUUGCAUGCUGCGACUCUCGUGUGAGCCCCUCGAUUAUCCUUAAUUUCCAACCGGGAGACGCUUUUGUGGUCCGAAACAUCGCCAACUUGAUCCCCUCAUGUGACAAGGUUCGAUACUCUGGAACUGGGGCAGCCAUCCAAUAUGCAGUUUCGACUCUCGGGGUGAAGAAUAUCCUAGUCAUUGGCCAUAGCAAGUGUGGCGGAAUUGAGGGCCUCAUGAAACUUCCACCAGGACCCCCACCUCCUAGUAACUUGGUUGAAGAAUGGGUGAAAAUUGGUAUACCUGCGAAAAACAAGGUGCUAGAAGAGCAUGGCCAUUUAGAUUUUGACAAACAGUGUUAUCACUGUGAAAAGGAGGCAGUGAACCGAUCAUUGAAGAACUUAAUGACUUAUCCAUUCGUGGCAGAUGCGGUGAACCAAAAAACCUUAACUUUGAUGGGCGGUUACUAUGAUUUUGUCCAGGGGACUUUCGAAUUAUUGAACCCAUGA